AUGUCGCUCGAAAGCGAAGUCAACCAGCUCCUGCAGACAGCCACCGAAGCAAAACGUGUACCGGGCAUUGUAGCCAUCGCACUCGACAAGCAGGGCAAGGUCCUCUACAAAGGCGCCUACGGAUCGGCCACAGACAUCAACGACGAUUCAUCUCCGCGGAUCACGCCCUCGACCCCGGUCUUGAUCUGGUCAUUGACCAAACUCGUGACCUCCAUCGCGGCGCUCCAACUCCUAGAGUCCGGCAAGAUCGCAAGCCUCGACGACCCCGUCGAGAAAUAUGUGCCCGAGUACGGGGAAAUGCAGCAGCUGACAGGCUGGACCGGCGACGGUGACGAGGCGGAGCCGAUCCUCCGCGCCCCGAAAACAAAAGCCACGAUCCGGCACCUGCUCACGCACACGUCGGGCUCAGGCUACGAGUGGCUCGACGCAGAUUUAAAGCGCUAUUUCGAGUGGCGCGAGCGCACGCAAGGGAUCAAGCGCACCGGGCGCAAGACCUCCGACGUCCGCCCGCCCUUCGUCUUCGACGCUGGCACGAGGUGGGCGUACGGCUUGAACAUCGAGUGGGUGGCCUGGGUCGUCGAGGCGAUCACGGGCCAAAACAUCGACGAGUAUUUCCGGGCGAACAUUUUCCAGCCGCUGAAAUUAAAGCACACAGGUGGGCCGUGGCAUUUCAAGUCAGAGACGGCCAUCCACUUCCGCACGCCGGACGGGACGCUGGUCGUGCUGCCCGAGCAGGUGGAAGAGAAGAGCCCCCAGGACGCCCCUCUGCAGAGCUGGGGCGGGCACUAUCUCAUCUCGACGGCGGAGGAGUACGCGGCGAUCCUGCUCUCGGUGCUGAACGGCGGGACGGACCCCGUGUCUCAUGCGCAGAUCCUCAAGCCCGAGACGGUCAAGGAUUAUCUCUUUACGGACCAGAUCCCGCAGGUCAUUGGGCCUGCAGGGUCGAGCGAUGUCGGGGUUCUGAAGGGCACGGUCCCAUUUCUCACAAACGACGGCGAGUUGCUGCCGGGCGUGCGCAAGGGCUGGACCGCGGCGCUGAUGUACAAUCUCGACGAUGUCCCCGGCGGACGCAAGGCUGGCAGUGGUGCCUGGGCGGGGAUAAGCAACCAUUACUACUGGGUGGAUCCCUCGAGUGGGAAACUCGGCUUGAUACUCACCAGUGUUCUUCCGUUCAUGGAUAAAGAGGUGCUUGACGUCUCUGAGCGGUUUGAGAAGACCGUUUACAAGUACUGA